AUGCCGCCCUCUGCGUUUUUAGUUGGUUCUACCAUUAUAACAACACCAGCAACAACUCCAAUACUAGCCAACCAAAAGGACAUAUCGCUGUUGAGCGCCAACAGCAACACUUCUCCCCUGAAGGCUUGUGUGAAUCGUCAAAGUCCGAUACAACACAUUAAAACGGAAUAUACUCUGAAUAACAACUGUCAAUCGCUGCAGAAUUUCAAUUAUUUGCAUACCCCAAAUAGUUCAGAGUUAAGUGAUAAAAUAACGGCGGCAAAUAUGGUUUUACAAUCGUAUAACAGUUAUGAGCAAUAUCAUUUGCAACAGCAACAUCAUGCUCAAACUGCAGCUGUGGCAUUGGGCCAGCAACAUUCACCACAAUAUACGGCCACAACGCAACAACAACAACACCAUCACACCCAACAACAUCAUCACUCCCAGCAUUUACAACAUCACCCCUCUGUCCAGCAUCGUUUAUCCGGCGGCAGUACAGGAGGUAGUAGUACAGCUUCAUCUUCAAUGUCCUCAUCGGCCCAUUCACCCUCAAUAUCCUCAAAUACCUCCACACAAAAUAAUUCUGCCGUUGCCAUUGCCACCUGCUCCACCACUUCCUCCUCCUCCACAACAUCAUCAUCCUCAGCCACAACAUCCUCCUGCCCUGUAACAUCAUCAUUGGUCAAUACAUCAUCCGCCGCCUCCUCCCUAUCAACCGCCUCAACAUCGCCGGCAUUAUCAUCGUCCUGUACAACAACGGCUGGUCCGUUUUUGUCCGGAAUUGGUAGUGCGGCCACGGCGGCUUCUUUGGGUAUUAAUUAUUUCAAUGAUACCCUACCCUAUGUGGGUGAUUAUAGUGCAUCAACCGGCCAGCUGUAUACCGAUAUUGAUGCGAAUUUUUUUAGUCAAGGUUAUGGCUCAUCAACCCACGAUCGUAAUAAUAGCCCGCCACCACAACAACAACAGCAACAACAAAAUGCUGUACAAAACUCAAUGCUGCCACCCGCUCAUGCAAACCAACAACAACAAAAUGCCACAACGGCUGCCCAACCCAGCAGCCUAUCGCCCAAUAGUGCUAAUAGUAAUACUAACAACAACAAUAAUAACAACAACACUGGUGCCAAUCUCAACUACAUGCAAAUGUCGAUGCGUAAUUCAGCUGUUGCCGCUGCCGCCUUCUACAAUCAACAUCAAAUGAAGGAGGAACCCGGUACCCAAACAGCCUAUGGUAAUCUCGCUGGCUCGAAUUCCGCCAAUGAUCCCACCGAUCUCACAACACAAUUUGGCCUAUCGCCUGCCCAUUUGGCCAAUGCCAAUGCUGUGGCAGCAGCCGCCGCUGCUGCUUCUUCUGGUUACGAUGAUAGUGAUUAUCACAGUACCACCAUGUCGUCACAGGAUCAUCAAGGCCAGGCCACCAACAAUUAUUUAGAUAACAAUCCCGCCGAUUUUUAUGGUCUAAAUGUUGAACAGAAAUACAAUGCCUAUGGCCGUUCAAGAUUUCAUGAUGCCUAUUCACCGGAAUUUUCACCCUAUGAUACACCCCAAUUUCCCAGUAUGGCAGCACAGGCCGAUCAAUGGGCCAGCCAUCAUGGAGCUCAACAUCCAGCUGCUUAUCUCUCGUCCAUGUGUUUGGAUAAGGCUUUAUUAGGUGGCUAUUCCACACAGGGUGGUGUACCAUGUUUCCAAGGCUCGGGACCCAUUCAGCUAUGGCAAUUCUUAUUGGAAUUGCUGAUGGAUAAGACAUGUCAGGGAUUCAUUUCGUGGACCGGUGAUGGUUGGGAAUUUAAAUUAACCGAUCCAGAUGAGGUUGCCCGCCGUUGGGGUAUACGCAAAAAUAAACCAAAAAUGAAUUAUGAAAAGCUAAGCCGAGGCCUACGUUAUUAUUAUGAUAAAAAUAUUAUUCACAAAACAGCGGGUAAACGUUAUGUUUAUCGUUUCGUUUGUGAUCUGCAAGGUUUAAUUGGUUGUUCACCCGAAGAAUUGUGUGCUAAAUAUGACCUCAAAACCGAAAAGAAGGAUGAUGAUUAA